GUGCAUUAUUUUCUCCCUGCUAAAAUAAAAAAGAGAAAUAGACACACAACAAAACCCACUGAGAAGAAAGAAAGAAAGAGAGAAAACACACACACUGAUUAUUAGAGACAAAAACUCAUGAGAAGAAGAGCCAAACCAAAGUAAAAGAAAAAAAAGAAAGAAGAGAAAAGCAGUUGAGAAGGGAAGGUUGGGUUGGUUAUGGUGGAAAAUCUAAUCGGCAAGGUGAAGCAUAGGGGCAGAAUCGUCAUAAUAGAUUCCUUUCUCUCUCCAUCUCUAUCUCCAUCUCCAUGCUCAAUCUCUUCUUCACCUCCGUCGUCGCUUCUAAUGUGGUUGAAUCCAUCGGCACCAGAAUCAGUAAGCUCGGUGGAGUAUUCGUCGGCGUUAACGGAGGAAACGGUGGUGCUUUCUGGAUGGACCGUCAACCUUCGAAUGCCGGUAUAGCUUUUGCUGUCACGGCCUUGGCCGGUCUCGCCUUGGCCGCCGCCGUUUUCUACACUACUAGGUAAAACUAAAAAAAAGAACCUCCGGCUGAAAUUUACGAAAAGUAAUCAUUGAAAAAAGGAAACUGGAAUCAUUGAAACCCUAGAAAUCAUCUGUAGAGUAGAUCUUUUUUUUUUUUAUUUUAUCCACAGUUAAAACAGUCAGUGUAGAAGUAGAUGAGAGCUCUCAGACGAAGUCAGACUUCGUCAUCUUCAAAUUCCUCUUCACCGUCUUCAUCAUCACCAUCAUCAUCGACAUCGUCGUGGAUUCAUUUGAGAUCAGUUCUAUUCAUUGUUGCCUCCUCACCAGCUUCUUCUUCUUCCUCUAAUCGAGGUCAUCUCAAAUCACCAUGGUCUCGUAGAAAAAGAAAACGUGCUCUUGCGCCCCAACAGUGGAGAAGCUUUUUCACACCAGAAGGAAAACUUCGUGAUGGUGGAAUUAAAUUUCUAAAGAAAGUCCGAAGUGGAGGUGUUGAUCCUAGUAUCAGGGCCGAGGUUUGGCCAUUUCUCCUGGGAGUCUAUGAGUUGAACAGCUCUAAAGAAGAAAGAGAUUGUAUAAGAAAUCAGAAGAGGAGGGAAUAUGAGAGCUAUCGUAGAGAAUGUCGCAGACUGCUGAAACGCAAUGGGACCUCUAAAAUGAGGGAAACUGGUGGAAUGGGAAGCGAUGGUGAAGGAAAUAUCACUGAAGGGAUGGAUUCCCCUGAUUAUGACGAUGUUGUUACUGCCCGGGAAUCUCUCUCCAGUGAGGACCGGAGCACAUAUGUCGAGGAUUCUGAUAAUCCCGGUGGUACAAUGUCAGAUGAAUUUUCCAGUUCCAAACGAGUUACAGAGCCAAAUGAUGUCUCUGAUUCCGAGUCAUCAGACUCAGAUUCCUCUGCAGAUCCUGAUAUCAGUCAAACUGUCCCCUCGGCAGAAAGCAUGGAUGAGAAUACUGCUGAAGUGAACUCUAAGGAGGACUCUUCUCCUUCAAAGGCAGAAGUUCAGUCACGGCCCUGCAAUGCAGAAGAUUUUGCUACAUGGCAACGAAUAAUUCGGCUUGAUGCAGUUCGUGCUAACGCUGAAUGGAUAGCAUACUCCCCAUCUCAAGCUGUUGUAUCAGAAAGCAGGGCACACCGUUUUGCAGAGGCUGUUGGGUUGAAGGACUAUGAACACCUAGAGCCCCCUAGGAUCCUACAUGCUGCUCGGCUAGUCUCCAUUCUUGAAGCCUAUGCGCUAUAUGACCCUGAAAUUGGUUAUUGCCAGGGGAUGAGCGAUUUGCUGUCACCCAUAAUUUCUGUAAUGACAGAGGACCAUGAAGCUUUUUGGUGCUUUGUUGGUUUCAUGACGAAGGCUAGGCAUAACUUCAGGCUUGAUGAGGUUGGAAUCAGGAGGCAGCUGAACAUUAUUUCUAAGAUCAUCAAACAAAAGGAUUCACAUCUCUAUCGACACUUGGAGAAGCUCCAAGCAGAGGAUUGCUUUUUUGUGUACAGAAUGGUGGUAGUUCUUUUCAGGCGGGAAUUAUCUUUUGAGCAAACGCUCUGCCUAUGGGAAGUAAUGUGGGCAGACCAGGCUGCUAUUAGGGCUGGGAUUGGCAAGUCUGCCUGGAGUAGGAUUAGGCUGCGUGCCCCACCAACAGAUGAUCUCUUGCUUUAUGCAAUUGCAGCAUCUGUAUUGCAACGGAGGAAACAGAUCAUAGAGAAGUAUAGUAGCAUGGAUGAAAUUUUAAGGGAGUGCCAGAGCAUGGCUGGUCAACUGGAUGUAUGGAAGCUUCUAGAUGAUGCCCAUGACUUGGUGGUGACUCUCCAUGACAAGAUGUAGACAUCUUUGUUAUGGAGAUCUUACACUAAUUUAUUCUCUUUGCUGCUCGAACUUUAUUUUGUGGGAUGAUGCUACCAAACACUGCAUGCAUCUCCGGUACACAGGAAGAACUGAAGACAGCUUAUGGUCAAGUAAUGCCGCUGCUUUUCUUUUGCUAAAGAACAUGCAAAUGUCGGAUAAGAAUCUGCAAGUUGGGGAAUAACUUCAUGUGACUAUCUCCUACAUACAGACUAGCAAAUUGCUUGAAUUCAGUGUAGCAAUUCGCUGGAAUCCUGAUUGGUGUACCAUGCUUGAUAUUGAAUUUGUUUAACUUAGUUCUCUUGUUAAUGUUCUCCUAAGGUGGCUUUUUAUUUGGAGUAUUUAUCUCCUGUUGCCCCAACCUCCCCAAGGCAAAUGGAUGCUAGAAUAGCAUACCUUUCCACGCUCUGUGGUUGGUUUGUAACUUUAUCAUCAAAGCAAUAGCUAUAUCAUAAGCAUUCCUACCUUAAAUGACACGUCAAGCUCGAAUGUAGCUGCAUAAUAUUUAUGCUCUUCUGAGCUAUUGAA